CAUAAAAAGUUGAUACAACCUUAUCUUCCUCACCCAGCUCUGCAUUGCAUUGCAUUGCAACACAUAUUUUUACAUCUACAUUAGCCUCUCUCUCACACUCAGAAUCAUUCUCUCGUCGACCACAUGGCUCUCGAGGUUGCUGUCAAGGCUGCAGUUGGUGAUCCUCAUGUUCUUGGGGACUGUCCAUUUAGCCAAAGGGUACUUCUGACUUUGGAGGAGAAGAAAAUAUCUUACCAGAGGCACCUCAUCAAUCUCAGUGACAAACCCACAUGGUUUCUGCAAGUGAAUCCUGGAGGGAAGGUGCCUGUGGUGAAGUUUGAUGACAAAUGGGUAUCUGAUUCUGAUGUUAUUGUUGGGAUUCUUGAGGAGAAAUACCCUCAACCUGCUCUCACCACUCCACCAGAAUUCACCUCUGUGGGAUCAAAUAUUUUUGGUACGUUUGUGACUUUCUUGAAGAGCAAGGACUCAAGUGAUGGGUCAGAACAGGCUCUGCUCACCGAACUGAAGGCACUUGAAGAGCAUCUUAAGGCACAUGGCCCAUAUAUCGCUGGUGAGAAGGUUAGUGCUGUAGAUUUAAGUUUGGCCCCAAAACUGUACCAUCUUGAUGUGGCUCUUGAACAUUUCAAGAAGUGGACUGUCCCGGCAGAGAUGACUAAUGUCCUCAACUACAAGAAGCUGCUAUUCUCAAGGGAAUCAUUCGAGAAAACCAAGGCUGAAAAGAAAUAUAUAAUUGCAGGAUGGGAGCCAAAAGUGAAUCCAUGAACUAUUUCUAGAAUAUGGGAUUUUGAAGCUAUGAAUCCUGGUCGAGACUCUUAAAUGGCUUCAUCCAAACGAGGCUUUGGUGUAUUUUAUAUGUAGCCAUUCGAAUAAAUGUUUACCUAUAAGCAUGUUUAACGACUUGCUCUAUUAAAUGACAAGGGUAAUUUUCUUA